GAGCUUUCUGCAGGUUCGCCGAAGGCGCUGGGUGCAAACCCUGCAGUGACCUGUGCUGGGGGGGACGUGCUGGACCCAGCCGUGCUGCUCCCACCCAGAGCACUGUGCCCAGCCCAAGCGUUUCUGAAUGUGGGAAUUCCCACCCUGCCAGUGAGGCCCCAGACUCAGGUGACCUUGGACCCAGUAGGAGAAUGGCAAACUCAACACAGGGUGACGGGGGCCUCCCCAGCGCUGCGCUCUGGGCCUCCCAUAGGAACAUGGUGAUGGAGCCACUUGAAACCAAUGACCCAGAGGUGCACAACAUCAUCAAGAAGGAGAAGCAGCGGCAGAGGCUUGGGCUGGAAUUAAUCGCAUCAGAGAACUUUGCGAGCCGAGCGGUCCUGGAGGCCCUGGGAUCCUGCCUGAACAACAAAUACUCCGAGGGGUACCCAGGACAGAGGUACUAUGGUGGGACAGAGUUCAUAGAUGAGCUGGAAAGGCUGUGCCAGAAGCGAGCCCUGCAGGCGUACCAGCUCGACCCCCAGAAGUGGGGGGUCAAUGUCCAGCCCUACUCAGGGUCACCCGCAAACUUUGCGGUGUAUACAGCCCUGGUGGAGCCCCACGGCAGGAUCAUGGGGCUGGACCUGCCUGAUGGAGGCCAUCUCACCCAUGGGUUCAUGACAGAAAAGAAGAAGAUCUCUGCCACCUCGAUCUUCUUCGAGUCCAUGCCCUAUAAGGUCAACCCCAAGACCGGUUACAUCGACUAUGACCAGCUGGAAGCAAACGCCCAGCUCUUCCACCCCAAGCUGAUCAUAGCAGGUAUGAGCUGCUACUCGCGCAACCUGGACUAUGCCCGCAUGCGGAAGAUCGCUGACGCCAACAGUGCCUACCUCAUGGCCGACAUGGCCCACAUCAGCGGGCUCGUGGCUGCAGGUGUGGUGCCCUCUCCCUUUGACUACUGCGACAUCGUCUCCACCACCACGCACAAGACCCUGCGGGGCUGCAGGUCCGGCAUGAUCUUCUACCGCAAAGGCACCCGCAGCGUGGACCCCAAGACAGGCAAGGAAGUGCUCUACAACCUGGAGAGCCUCAUCAACCAGGCAGUGUUCCCUGGGCUGCAGGGAGGCCCCCACAACCACGCCAUUGCAGGGGUGGCUGUGGCGCUGCAGCAGGCCAUGACACCCGAGUUCAAAGCCUACCAGCAGCAAGUGGUGGUGAACUGCAAGGUGCUCUCCACAGCGCUGACAGAGCUGGGCUACAACAUCGUCACUGGGGGCACCGACAACCACCUGAUCCUUGUGGACCUGCGCAGCAAAGGCACGGAUGGCAGCCGGGCUGAGAGGGUGCUGGAGCUCUGCUCCAUCGCCUGCAACAAGAACACGUGCCCUGGUGAUGUCAGUGCCCUGCGCCCCAGCGGUCUGAGAUUUGGGACACCAGCUCUCACCUCCCGUGGCUUCCGGCAGGAUGAUUUGCGCAUGGUGGCUCAGUACAUCCACAGAGGGAUCGAGCUGACGCUGCGGGUGCAGAAGGACAUGAGCCCUAAGGCCACGCUGAAGGAAUUCAAGGAGAAACUGGAGGAGGAGAAAUACCGGAAGGAGCUGAAGGCGCUGAAGGAGGAGGUGGAGGCCUUCGCAGGGACCUUCCCACUCCCGGGGCUGCCGGUCCUGUAAAGGGAAUGCACCCUCCCCGCUCCUGGAGCCGCGGAAGUACCCGGGAAUGCAGCACAGAGACCAACACACCCCGGUGCGUCCUCCCAGCACCUACCUCCCCGCUGGCACCCGCUGUGGUGCAGCAGCAGCAGCUCCUCACUGGGCUCCUUCUUACCUCCCAUUUGGGGCACAGGACCCCCGCGGGGGGCACCAGCCCCUUCACCACUCAGUGUUACAAUAAGGACCAAGCACGUUCCGCCUCAUGGCCAGGUCUGAUCCAGCUCUCGUGGCCAUGGAGCAGUAGAUGAGGACACGCAGGAGGGACACGGGGGCCACCUGUAUGGAAGCCACCCCCCUGCAGCCACAUGUGCAGUGCUCAGCUGCACAAGAGCCUUGACAGUGCUGCUAAAAGACCCCCUGCUUUCAGCCUCGAGGAUUCCCUGCUCUCCAUUUGCACCUUCCAGCCUCCACAGGCUUGGACAAGGCCAAGGUCUUGUCCCCAAGGAGCCUUCCUGGGAUCACCAUCCCAUCCUAUCCCGUGUCUCUGGGAUCUUCUGAGUUCUCCGAGCACAAAGUUGAGGUUAGAACCACGUUUUAAUGAGCACGCUCAAACGAGGAAUGGACCCACAACCUAGGACCAGGAGUAGAAGCUUUAAAAACCACAGGCGAUUCCUUUGUUGCGUUUGCUUUUUCUUUUGUAUUUCAAAAAUAUCUGAACCCAAAUAAAUAAUUUUUCUUUUUUU